UUUGUAGGUGAUACUUCCAAAAGUAAACUCAAGGAAUUCAGACCAUUGGUCACAUUGGACCUGCUUGAAGACUCAUUGAUUUAUCAGACCAGCGUGCAAGAAAAUGAAAAGUAGUGUGGCACAGAUAAAAUACUCGUCUGGUCAUGACCGAAGGGACAAUUAUAAUUCAUAUCAGAGGUCCUCCUCUCCAGAUGAUAGAUAUGCAGAACCAGAAAGAUCGCCCCGGGAUAGAGAUUAUUAUGAUUAUAGCAGAUCAGACCAUGAGCAUUCAAGAAGAGGACGUUCUUACGAUGAUAUCUCGGAGUCACGAAGCAGGGACCGAGAAAAACGCAGGGAAAGAGAUACAGAUCGGAAAAGGUCCCGGAAGUCCCCAUCUCCUGGGAGAAGGAGUCCAGAGCCUCCCGUCAUUCAGAGUUCCUCUGCUCAAGAUGAACCUAGUACAAAGAAGAAGAAAGACGAGCAGGACCCUCUUCUCACGCGCACUGGCGGAGCAUACAUCCCUCCUGCUAAGCUCAGAAUGAUGCAAGAGCAAAUUACAGAUAAAAACAGCUUAGCCUACCAGAGGAUGAGCUGGGAGGCCCUAAAGAAGUCAAUCAAUGGUCUUAUCAACAAAGUGAACAUUUCCAAUAUAAGUAUUAUUAUUCAAGAGCUUCUUCAAGAAAAUAUAGUUAGAGGAAGAGGACUGCUGUCUAGAUCUGUUUUACAAGCACAGAGUGCUUCUCCUAUCUUCACUCAUGUUUAUGCAGCAUUAGUCGCAAUUAUCAACUCAAAAUUUCCACAAAUUGGAGAGUUAAUCCUCAAAAGGUUAAUUCUUAAUUUCCGAAAAGGCUAUCGAAGAAAUGACAAGCAACUUUGCCUGACUGCUUCAAAGUUUGUGGCACAUCUUAUUAACCAAAACGUGGCACAUGAAGUGUUAUGCCUGGAAAUGCUCACUUUGCUCCUUGAAAGACCAACAGAUGAUAGUGUUGAAGUUGCUAUUGGUUUUCUCAAGGAAUGUGGCCUCAAGUUAACUCAAGUGUCCCCAAGAGGAAUCAAUGCUAUAUUUGAACGCCUCCGAAACAUUCUACAUGAGUCUGAGAUUGACAAAAGAGUUCAGUAUAUGAUUGAAGUAAUGUUUGCUGUACGGAAGGAUGGGUUCAAGGACCACCCUGUUAUACUAGAAGGACUUGACCUCGUGGAAGAAGAUGAUCAGUUCACCCACAUGCUCCCUUUGGAGGAUGACUAUAAUCCAGAGGAUGUUCUCAAUGUUUUCAAGAUGGACCCUAAUUUUAUGGAGAAUGAAGAGAAGUACAAAGCUAUUAAGAAAGAAAUUUUAGAUGAAGGAGACAGUGACUCGAACACAGACCAAGAUGCUGGGAGUAGUGAAGACGAAGAGGAGGAGGAGGAGGAGGAAGAUGGGGAAGAAGAUGAAGAAGGACAAAAAGUGACUAUUCACGACAAAACAGAAAUUAAUCUGGUAUCAUUCCGUCGUACAAUCUAUCUUGCAAUUCAGUCAAGUUUAGAUUUUGAAGAGUGUGCUCACAAAUUACUGAAAAUGGAGUUUCCUGAAAGCCAAACGAAAGAACUCUGCAACAUGAUAUUAGAUUGCUGCGCCCAACAAAGAACAUAUGAGAAGUUUUUUGGCUUACUAGCUGGGCGAUUUUGCAUGCUAAAAAAGGAAUAUAUGGAAUCAUUUGAAAGUAUAUUCAAAGAACAGUACGAUACCAUCCAUCGCUUGGAAACAAACAAACUGAGAAAUGUUGCUAAGAUGUUUGCUCACCUUUUAUACACUGAUUCUCUCCCGUGGAGUGUUCUUGAAUGCAUCAAAUUGAGUGAAGAAACCACUACAUCAUCCAGCAGAAUUUUCGUCAAAAUAUUUUUCCAAGAACUGUGUGAAUACAUGGGCCUUCCUAAACUUAAUGCAAGAUUAAAGGAUGAAACCCUACAGCCGUUCUUUGAAGGAUUAUUACCCCGAGAUAAUCCAAGAAACACUCGGUUUGCCAUCAACUUCUUCACCUCUAUAGGUCUUGGAGGCUUAACGGAUGAAUUGCGUGAGCAUCUCAAAAACACACCAAAAGUCAUAGUGGCGCAGAAACCAGAUGUUGAACCAAGUAAAUCCUCCCUGUCGUCUUCGUCAUCGGCUUCCUCAUCGGAGUCCGACUCCUCGGACUCAGACUCGGGCUCAGGCUCGGACUCGGACAGCAGUGAUAGAAGUUCAGGCUCUUCCAGCGAGGAGAGCGACUCUUCAUCCUCUGGGAGUCACAGCUCUGUCUCAGCUAAAGACAAAAGAAAGAAGGGACAAGGGAAGACCAGAAGAAAAGAAGUAGAUAAAUUGAUCAGGAACCAACAGAAACAUGACAGGAAGCAAGAAGAAAGAAGACCAGAACAAAGGCAUCAGAAAACAAGGUCUGAGAGAGAAAGGAGGUCAGGAAAACAGAGAGAUCAAAAUUUAAGAGAUUCAAAUUGGAGAGAUCCCAUAGCAAAGUAUAUGUCAGACAGAAAUGUUCCUUUUGAACGAAAUAGUUACGGUAGGACUGGAAAUGACAGAGACCAAGAAAUGCUUAUGGAUUUUGAAAAUAAGCAUAGUGAUUCCAAAAAGAAGAGAGAGAGAAGAAAUUCUAUUUCUGAAAGUGAAGAAAAGCACAGACAUCGAAAUAAGGAUGAUGAACAUUUUAGAAGAAAAGAUAGAUCAAAGUCAAAGGAAAAGAAUAGAAAAUAUUCAGAUAAUAGAAGUGAUGAAGAUAGGUAUCAGAAUGGUGCUGAGAGACGAUGGGAAAAAUCCAACAGAUACUCUGAACAUUCCAGAGAAUCCAAGAAAAAUCAGGAUCGGCGGAGAGAGAUGUCUCCAACAAAGCAAAAAUAAAUCUGCGAAAUGACAUAAACUGAACAUGCCUUACAUUCAUUUGGAAAAAAUAUUUUUUACAUUAAUUGACAAACUUUCUAGAGAAUUCUUGUACAAAGUACUAGUUUGUAAAUUUUAAGAAUGUUUUCAUUUUAACAUGUUUUAUAGCUUCUACAUCUCAAGGCCUUCUGCUUAAAAUUAUUUGGAGAGAAAAGUUUCAACUGAAAGGGAAUGUAAUUCAUGUUUCUAUUUUGUGAAUAAAAUGAUCAAAUGGCA